AUGAGAGACCGAUCCAGUUGGGGAGAUUUUGGAUGGAGAGGAAUGCUAUCAGGAUUGAGUCAUGCGGGAGUCGAGUCGGAGGCGCCGGAAGGACGAUCUCUUCCACGCACCGUGGUCAAAAUCGGAUCCACGCUCACUUCGCCGCAACGCUCAAACUCACAACGAAGAGCCGAGUGCUUUGCCACUUCGACUGUACAGUCUUACCCGUCAUUCCCAGUAAGCGAACAACACAAAACAGAGGUGACCAUGGCGUCUGUUGCGGGAGAACCAUCAGCCAAACGAAAGCGCGUUGACGAUGUUGCCGAUGGAAGUAAUGGAGGUAUGGAAGAUGAUGCCACAGCCAAGCGCAAGUUAGCCGAGGCGGGAUUUGACCCAAAUGAUUGCAUCACGGCCAUUGAUCUACCAAGUUCCAGGGGGCCAUCUGAAACUACCUACUGGCUCGAUUCCAUUACCCCAAUGAUUUACUUCAGCCACCAUGGAGACCUUGCCAUGUGCCGGUACAUUCUCAAGCAAGGAGGAAUUACCGGUGCCACAAGAGCAGGCCCAGAAUUGUGGUUUCCAAUGAAAGCAGCAGUUGUAAACGGUAAUCUGGCAGUUGCACAGUGGUUGUACAAAAAUGGAGCCAAGGAAGAUAUUUUUGAAGAAAAGAAUUCCCCAUUCAUCAGCGCCUGGAAUUUUUGUUGGAACGAGAGAAAAGCUAGAGAUGGAGAAUGGAAAGAUUACCGACCUGAGAUAUUGUCGUGGUCACAGGACGUGCUACGAACUCACAACAGUUUUCAAAUGUUCCUCAAGGGAACUUUGCACCCAGAAUUCUCCAUGAAGGCCCUGCAUGCGAACCUGGUGGCAAAGCUUGGUUCCAAGAAGGCUGCAGAUGUUCUCAUGGAGAGCAUUGGCACUGACAAAGGGAACAUUCUGUGGACAAAGCUUCUGACAGAAUCCCCUGCUCAGCAGCUCAGAGGCAAUAGUGGCGUGCUGAAAUCCAUUGCAGAAUUUGUGGGAGGUGUUGGUGUUUAUAGUGCCAAAGAGAUGGAGAAUCAUCGCAAACUGGUUGAGCUCUUGCCUCAAAGUUUGAUCGAGUUUCCUUCUGGUAACCAAGAUGUGGACUGA